CGUUCUCUGAAACACUUAAAGUUUGGCUAAUACGAGAAAGAACACACAACAAGCUCACCGAGCUCCAUCCAUGGCCGAAUUCGCAAGGGACUUGCAGUGCUUUCAACCACUCUCUUCUUUGCUCGACAUCGGCCCGACCGAACCCGCGAACCACUUCAACGAACCGAACCUGAGUGCCGCCAAUUCUCAUUCCUCCUCCAACUUCCAUAGCUCUGCAAUUCUCUCCAGUGACGAUCCCUUGUUUCCUUACCAGCCGGUCCCCGAUUUUCCCGGCAACUGGGACGACAUUUUCCAGGGCAUUUUCCAUCCUAAUGAGCAUAACCUUGCACCGCUCAGUGCCGGAGACGAUUCGCAUGAAGAAAGAAAGCGAAAGGUGUCCAGAUUACCUCCUGAAAGCAGCUCAGGAAUCGGGUCGUCACCACUUCAGAAGUCAGAAACAGAGGGUUUAGGAAAGGCAAAGAGAAGGAAACGUGGUGAGAAAGAGAAGCCAAAGGAAGUGGUUCAUGUCAGAGCUAGAAGAGGCCAAGCCACUGAUAGCCACAGUUUAGCAGAAAGGGUGAGAAGAGAGAAAAUCAAAGAGAGACUGAGAUAUCUGCAGGAUCUUGUUCCUGGGUGCUGUCAGACCAUGGGAAUGGCAGUGAUGCUGGAUGAGAUCAUUAACUAUGUCAGGUCAUUGCAGAGUCAAGUUGAGUUUCUUUCCAUGAAACUUGAAGCAGCGAGCUCAUACUAUGACUUCAAUUCAGAGGCUGAUGCAAUAGAAACACUGCAGAGGGAACAGGUGAAUGGGAACAGAGAGUUGGAGAGUUUGAUGAGAAUAGGACAUGCCAACUUCCAUCCAAGUUCACACCCUUGAUUUCUCCAACCACUUUUGAUGUUACCCAAAAGCAGCAUGAAGAUGCUCCAUCUAUACUAAUACUCCUGUGGAAUUUUCCUUGUUAGAGCAAGUCUUUUCAUACCCAAUUGUCUCAUUGGAAAAGAAAAAUGUAAACUUGUAAUAUUUCUUGCAAGAAGAAUAAGGGGUUACAAUAGUUCUUCCCUUCUGAAUCAA